AGACGAGUGUAAGCGACUAAAAUGGACACGUGACAAGUGACAAGUGAUGUGCCAGUGAAUAUGAGUAGGACGUAUACGUGACAAAGUUUGUGACGCAAGAGGAAAAUAUAUAACAAUAUGUCACGAUUAUGUGUGUUGGUGUUAGUGACAUGUUUGGGCUACGCUUAUUGUCAUGUUGCCCUAACAUACCCACCUGCGAGGAGAUUGGAUUUAGACUUUCUAGAUAAUUCUAGAACAAAGCCACCGUGUGGCAUGCCAAAAGGUUCAUUAAAAACAUCAUUUUUAGCAGGUUCAACGUUUACAGUUCAUUGGCAUUUGGCGUAUGCCCAUAAAGGUGGAUUUAGUUUGAGAAUACUGGAUGACUUGGAAAGACCUGUGUUAGAUCUCACGCCAAGAGCUGGAGGAACAGAGUUUGUGAGAGAUGACGUCACUGCUCAGAAGUACGAAGUUCGUCUCCCUAGUGACUUCACCUGUGAGAAUUGUACACUCCAGCUGCAAAGAGAGGCCGGCGAGUGGGGGCCCACGUAUCGCUUUUGGUCCUGUGCCGAUAUUGAUAUUGUUGACCGCAAGAAAUUCCACGAGACAUGUUCGGGUCACGGUUUCCAUAUUCUCGGUCGCUGCAAAUGUCACAAAGCGCACUACGGGCCGCGCUGUCAGUUCGCGGACGAGUGCGCGGAGGACGGCGAGUGCGGACUGCGCGGGAAGUGCCUCGAUGUCGGCUCUGUAGAGCCCCCCACCAAGCUGUGCUACUGCCCACAUGGCUUCUACGGCAAAGGAUGCAACAAGAAGUCACCAUGGAAAGACAAGGCUGUAGACUUGGCUCUUUACACUAAAAAGGAACUAUCCAAGAAGUUUUCCCUCUAUUGGCGCAUACUCAAAGAAUCCAAAGAGGUUGAGUUCGUUAUGAUCGUAAAUGGCACUUCAUAUGCAGGCAUUGGAUGGAGGCCGCGUGGUUUGACAAAGCAAUGCAAGAACUUCCCAGUUUUAGGACCACCUCCAGAUCAAACUACAAGCACACAAAAACCGGAACCGUUGCCUGAACCUGAACCGAAGUCUGAACCUGGAUCGAGUGCAGAACCUAAGGCGGAACCUGAACCCAGUCCCGAACCUAAGUCCGAACCUGAACCAAGACCGGAACCGAAAUCCGAACCUCAACCAAGUCCGGAACCGAAAUCCGAACCUGAACCAAGUGCAGAACCGAAGUCCGAACCUGAGCCUAGUGCGGAACCUAAGCCGGAGCCGACAUCUGAACCGAAACCAGAACCUAGCAGCAAACCGGAACCGGAACCGAGUGUAGAGAAUGAUAACAGAAAUAAACGGGUCGCAAUGCUUUUCUUAGAUGGAAUGGAUAUAAAGGAUUUGGGAGAAAAUGUGACAGUCACAACUAGUGUGUCAUACCAAGUGUCCAGCUCAAAAGGAAGAAAACCGAGAGCUGCUCAAGAUGUAACCAAUACCGAACCGACAAAAAGACAAAACGAUUCCAAUCCCGUACCCAUUUCGACUCCGGUACCGGAACCAGCCGCAGAGCCGGAUUCCGUACCGGAAACAACAGUAGAACCCAAGUUAGAACCGCAAUCUACUCCUAAACCCAAGCCCAAGUCUAAAUUCGUACCGAAAUCUAAACAAUUAGCGCAGAUAAAUGUUAAAACCGAAUCGGCAAAACCUCAAUCACAACUUGAACCUACACCCGAACCUAAAUCGAAACCGCAACCGACUCCAAAAUCUAAAUCAGAACCCCAACCAAUUCCUGAACCUAAAUCUGAACCCGAACCAACUCCUGAACCCAAAUCCGAACCGGAACCGAUUCCCGAACCGAAAUCGGAACCGGAACCGACCCCUGAACCUAAAUCGGAACCAGAACCGACACCCGAACCAAAGUCCGAACCAGAACCUUCUCCCGAGCCUAAGUCUGAACCACAAUCGAUAUCGGCGACGCGUAAUCAAACAAAAAAUAAUCGUGAACCCAAAGCAGGUCCUAAAUCAACACCUGAACCUACCCCUGAACCCAAAUCCGAACCAGAACCUUCUCCUGAACCAAAAUCAGAACCAGAACCCACGCCGGAACCAAAAUCCGAGCCAGAACCGACUUCAGAACCCAAACCUCAUUCAGAGCCCGUACCCACCUCCGAACCAAAAUCAGAACCGGAACCAAAAUCAGAACCCAAAUCGGAGCCAGAACCCUCAUCUGAGCCUAAAUCCGAACCAGAACCAUCCUCGGAACCUAAACCUGAGCCUAAGCCCUCCCCUGAACCCACAUCCGAACCUGAACCCACCCCUGAACCGAGUUCCGAACCGGAACCCACUCCGGAACCGAGUUUGGAACCGGAACCAAAUCCGGAACCGGAAUCGGAGGAGGAGAUGGAGAAUUUACUAGUUAAAGGACUGUCAGAUGAAUCAGGAUAUUUCCCAGAUCACGAAUACGCUCCCAAGUUUGAUUUCAACGGAAUGGACUGCACAGAUCUAGUCAUUGGCACCGCUAGAGGGAGCUAUCAUAGAGUAUUAGACUAUUAUACAAGAGAUAGGUCGACUCCGCGUGUGGAUACGUUCUGGGGCGGGCAUGAUGACGUCACAGCGGCGUCCGGCUUUGAAGAGAAUGGCGUCACCACAAUCAUGUUCAGGAGGAAAAUUAAGGCGAAGGAGCCGACAGACCAUUCAAUAGUAGACGACGAGAUGCACGUGAUCUGGGCUCACGGGCAGGAGAACUCCGCGCAGGGAGACUUCUACCGGCCUGACGAGAUCAAGUACCACGGACACGCGCAGCGCGGUGUCACCAACAUCAACUUCUUCGAGGAGACAAAGUCAUCAUCAAUGGGAGGUCUUCUCCCUCUAGAAGACAAAUGUGGAGGUCAGUGGAAGUUGCCAGCAGACUGCGACCCCAAGAACAAGACGUGCGAGUACCACGCCUCCUGGGAGUACCUCGGCCUCAAGCGAGGGAAGGACUCCAUCAAGUUCACCAUCACCACUAAAUACAGCAAACUGUGGACUGGAAUUGGAUUUAGUAAUAACCAAAAAAUGUCUCAGACGGACGCGGUGUUGGGGUGGGUGGACCCGCGCUCCGGCAGACCGUUCUUGUCGGACGCGUGGCUGAGCGGGUACUCGAUGCCGCGCCUCGACUCGCGCCAGGACGUCGCGCACUCCGCCACCGCCGCCGCCGCCGCGCUGCAUGACGGACUCCUCACCCUCACCUUCACCAGGAAACGUGACACUGGAGACACACAGGAUCUAGCGUUCACAGACUCUCAGUGCCUGUACCUGAUGUUCCCGACACAAGGCGGAGGGUUCGACCCGGUCAACAAGCGCAUGAGCAAGCACCAGCGCGUCCCCCACGUCACUGACGAGAGAGUCUGCAUCAGACCUUGCGGACCUGAACCGGAGGAGGAAGAGAUAACAACAGAGGCGGUUGUACCUGGAGAGACCUCGUACUCCAUGUUGCUGCGCAUCACCGGGCUGGCUGACAGCUUCCGUCCGCCCGCACCCGCCAGCACUGAGUACGACCAGCUCAGCCAGCAGGUGCUGGACACGCUCAGCAGAGAGCUCAGCACCACCAAGGGAUACAAGACGCUUAUUCUUAAUGGAUUCAUGCAGAACGAAACAUCAGCUAUAAUAGCGGAUAUAACUCUGCGAACUAUCGACUCCAACUGGUUGGAGGGGGCUCGCGGUGUGGAUAGCGCUGUCUCUGUCGCGGGCAAUACGAGCGACAAGGAGAGCGAUACGGAGAAGUGGCAGCGCGUGGUGCAGGACACCAUACUGCAGGGCAGGAUCGGAAACCUUAACUUUGAUCCGCUCUUCUUGUCGUUUGAACCUCUCAGUUUGGUAUCUACCCGUCCUGUGGAAGAGGAGGAGGUGCGGGGUGCGUGGUGGGGGGCGAGUGUGGUGGGGGGUGCGGGGCGGGUGUACGUGGUGGCGGGCUGCGUCGCCGCGCUGCUGCUGCUGGCGCUGCUGCAGGCUGCCUGCACACUCGCCGCCGCUAACCACAAGCGGAACAAGGACCAACUGAUACCAAACAACGCUUGGAAAGAUUACUCAGCUGCCAACACCAACUACGCCUUCGAACCUUUCGACAACGACAAGUUUAACACCAACACCUCCACUGUGAAGACACGCUCACCUCCCAGACCCACCAGCCCUCCACCUCCCAGACCUGGCAGCGCGCACACACAGAACAACGGACACGCUCACACCGGACACAAUCAGACCGGACAUGGACAGACCGGACACAAUCAGACCGGACACGGACAGACCGGACACGGUCAGGGCAACGGUCACAGCAGUGCUCAGAUCAACAUGCACAGAAGGGAAGGUGCGAGGAGUCCGGCGAGCAAUGGGCGCACUCACAGCGCGCAGUACUACCACGACACGAGGUCGCUGCAACGACCUCGCGGACAGUACGGUUCAUACGGUGGUCGCGAGAGGGAGAGGUCAGCGUACUCGUUACCGCGAGGUCCGCGGGGACCUCGUGCAGACCCCGCGGGGGCACAGCCGGGCCCACAGCCAGACUUCUACUUCAUGCCCUCGCAGCGCAAACACGAAGGUGAGAUUAUACGAGUGUAUGUGCCUAGACAUGACUAGAUACCGUCCGGAUAUAGUCCGGUAAACUUACUUGGCUCGGUGAGAGAGGCCCUACUACCGUUGCUAGUUUUGUGACACAACAUAUGUUAAACCUACUUAGGAAUUAAAUAUCACACAAGACAAGACAACAAAAGAAGUAUGACAAGGAUUUUAUGACACUAUUUAGAAAUUAACAGAAUUCGAUAAUGAACUAUUUCAUGUCACCUUUGGCCACCGGGUCAAAAAGUUUGUCGGACUAUAUUUGUUAGAAUUUUGCAAAAAUAUGUAUCUGACAUACUUAGUAAACACAAAAGGUUCAUGUUUACGAUAGUUUAUAAUCUAACGAUCCUUGUAAUCGUAAUAUUUGUAUAUAGAAAUUUUAAUUAAGAAUUCGUAGAUUUCUUGGAUACGGGAGUAAAUAGGAUUUAGUAUGUAAGAUAAACAGUAUGUUUUUUUUCGAAGAUUCUGUUUCUGAAUUAAAUAUCAAGGCAUUAAAAAUUAUUGGUUAAAUAAAAGGGUUUGUUUUAUAUAAGGUAUACAAAUAUAACGUCACAAAAUGUGUGAACUUUUACCUAACAAUUGUACAAAAAUUUAAAUAUUAAAUAAUGUAGUCGAAGUAAAAAAUAACCAAAUAUUAACAUAGCUCUAUUAAUACUAAGAAUUAGUAGAUUUCGUAGGUUUUUUUUUAACAAAAUAAGGGUGUAAUAAAUUAGAUUGGUUUUUAAGUAAUAUUGUAAAUAUUUAUAAUAAAUAUAAUUAUGACGAUCAAAAUCAAUAUAUUGGUAAUAUAAAUGCGUGUUUACGUUUUUUUUACAAUGUCUUUUUGGUAAAUAUAUUUUGGUAGUUGCGAAAUGUAAAAGCUUGUAGAGAUGCUUUAGUACUUAUCUGUGGCACUUGUAUUGACUCAUAUUGAUGUCUCUGUUUUCUCAAAGACAAUGAACGAGAUGGCAAUAUGUGUCAUUGCAGUAGAAACACACAUAUACCGACAUCUGUUAUUGAGUUGCCAAAAACAAGUAGUUACAAGUAAACAAUAACAGAUGGCGCUGUAAUUUUAAAACUAGUAGUUACAAGUAAAUAAUAACAGAUGGCGCUGUAAUUUCGUAGUUUAGAAAUUAGCGUUUUUAUUAAUCCAUUUUUAUUACAACGUGCGAAAUAAAUCAAAUAUAAUAUAUUGGCUUUUAUUUUUUUGCUUACAUAUUUGAGUAUGAAAUGCUGUUUUUCAGGUAAUUAUUAUUUUUAUUUGGGUUUGUGGUUCAAUGGCGGAUACAAGGACAGGGGAGUAAAUAAUUAGUUCCUACAAAUUUAUGCUCGACUAGUACAUACUACUCUUGUUUCCUUGAGUAAAUCGACUUCCUAAAACCCCCCAAAUGCGAUAAAACUUUCCAAAGGAUCCCCUCUUCCUUGUAUCUUCGCCUGUUAUAUGUCUGUGUUAACAUUGUGUAUUCCGUUUCAUACUAAUUGUUUUUAACAAUUUAUAUUUCUGUUCAAUACAAAUCGU